CCCUCCCCAAUUCCCUUCCUCUUCAUUCUGGCUCCCCAGCCCCGGGGCAGAGAGUAGGUGCCCCCCACCUCCCUCAGGAUGGUAGCUCAGGGGCGGUGAUGCUGUUGCUAGCCCUCAGCCCCUCCCAGGCCAUGGAGAACCAGGUGCUGGUGAUUCGCAUCAAGAUCCCCGACGGCGGAGCCGUGGACUGGACGGUGCACUCGAGACCUCAACUGCUCUUCCGCGAUGUCCUGGACGUGAUAGGCCAGGUUUUGCCCGAUGCAACAACAACAGCCUUUGAAUAUGAAGACGAGGAUGGCGAUCGAAUUACUGUAAGAAGUGAUGAAGAAAUGAAGGCCAUGCUGUCCUAUUAUUAUUCCACAGUAAUGGAACAGCAAGUAAAUGGACAGUUAAUAGAGCCUUUGCAGAUAUUUCCAAGAGCCUGCAAGCCUCCUGGGAAACGGAACAUACAUGGCCUGAAGGUGAACACACGCGCCGGGCCCUCUCAUCAUAGCAGCCCAACAAUCUCAGAGUCACUUCCGGGCAAUAGCUUAAAGAAGUCAUCCGCUGAACUGAAGAAAAUAUUAGCCAAUGGCCAGAUGAAUGAACAAGACAUAGAAAAUCGAGAGCCCCUCGGUCACGGCAACGGAGGUACAGUCUACAAAGCAUUUCAUGUCCCCAGUGGGAAGAUAUUAGCUGUAAAGGUCAUACCACUAGAUAUUACAGUGGAACUUCAGAAACAAAUUAUGUCCGAAUUAGAAAUUCUCUAUAAGUGUGAUUCAUCAUAUAUCAUAGGAUUUUACGGUGCAUUUUUUGUAGAAAACAGGAUCUCGAUAUGUACAGAAUUCAUGGAUGGGGGGUCGCUGGAUGUGUACACAAAAAUUCCAGAACAUGUACUGGGACGGAUAGCUGUUGCAGUAGUUAAAGGCCUGACCUAUUUAUGGAGCUUAAAGAUUUUGCACAGAGACGUCAAGCCCUCAAACAUGUUGGUGAACACGAGAGGACAGGUCAAGUUGUGCGAUUUCGGAGUUAGCACUCAGCUGGUGAAUUCCAUAGCCAAGACGUACGUCGGGACGAACGCUUAUAUGGCACCUGAAAGAAUUUCAGGGGAACAGUAUGGAAUCCAUUCCGAUGUUUGGAGCUUAGGAAUCUCUUUCAUGGAGCUUGCUCUUGGGAGGUUUCCAUAUCCUCAGAUUCAGAAAAACCAGGGAUCUUUAAUGUUAUUGCAGUGCAUUGUUGAUGAGGUUUCGCCAGUCCUUCCGGUUGGAGAGUUCUCCGAGCCAUUUGUACACUUCAUCACUCAGUGCAUGAGGAAGCAGCCAAAAGAAAGACCAGCCCCUGAGGAUUUGAUGGGCCACCCAUUUGUCCUGCAGUACAACGACGGGAACGCUGAGGUGGUCUCCAUGUGGGUGUGCAGGAUGCUGGAAGAGCGGCGGGCCCAGCAGGGGCCCCAGUGAAGCACAGAAGAUCGACUGGGAGCCCCCGGGCCUGGGGGCACUGAGGCUGAACCGCCCACCUGCCCCAUCGCCACUGUGUUGCUACCCAGCACCCUCUGUAAGCACCAAGAAAGCCUUUGGGGGUACCCACGCCUCGUCACAACUUGGGGGGACCAGGCGCCCCCAUUCCUGCAUUGCUGCCUCACUCAACGCUCUCCAGUUACCUUCUGUCCCAAUGAACAUGAGCCAGAAGUAAUGAAGAACCUGCGUUUUUUGGUUUCUGGCUGCUGGGUGCACUAUGCAGAUUUCUCGGCUCUUUGGGACCUUUUUUUCUCACCCAAGGCUUUUGCUACCAUCCAGACAUCGAGGUGGUGGCGUAAGUGAGGGCCGGCCCGCCGCCGGCUGGCCUCGGGCACUGCCAUUCUUGGGGGGGGUGGCGGCUCCAAUCAAAUUUUUAAAGUGGGGGGAGGGGGCACUUGACUCC